AACAUAAAAAACACUGCAUGAUUUCACAAAUUUCUAGACCUAGAUUUCAGCUACCCUUCUGCAAGAUCCAUUUUCUUCAACUACAAUUCAAUUUGCUCGACCAACCCCCCUCCAUCAUGCUCUUCCUUCUCUUAAAACCAAAGGCUCUGUAGCUAUAGCCCAUUGAGAUUACACAACUUGCAGAGAUACACUGAUUUGUUACCAAUGGUGGAUGCUGCUCUUCUUCUGGAGCUGGGCGAGAUAGCCUCGAGAGUUGUGGAAAAAGGUCUCAAGUACAAUAGCACCCGCGAAACCCUCAAGUCAACCACCAAGGAUUUGGCUCCCGUGGUUCAGCAGAUUGAACAGUCCAUGAAGGAGAUGGAUCACCCAACUGAAGAAGUAGAGAAGCUCAAGGAGAUGCUUGCAGCAAACCAUGAGGUUCUUGGAAAGAUUCAGAUCCACUGGUGGAACUGCUGUCUUGCUCCAUGCUUUCAAGGAAAACUCGAUGAGGAGUACCAGUCACUGGUAAGGUACAGUUCAGUUCAGGUGCAGAUUCACAUGUUAAGAGAUGUGAAGAAAAUCCUGUCCAAGUUGAGUCCUCAUGAUGUUGAUGACCAGAGGAGACAAGCCAUCACAGCUCAAGAUCAGACAAGAGAUAUGACCCCCACACCUACGUUCAAGGAUGAUGAUGAUGAUGAUGAUCUUGAGAUAUUCCCAGAAUUUACAGUGGGAAUGGAUGGCCCUUUCGUGAACGAGUUGAAGUACAAGUUGCUUAAUGGCAAUGAGCAGGUUCUGAACUUGUACGGUUUAACAGGAUCGGGAAAGACCACCUUGGCUAAAAAACUUUGUCGUGAUCCCCUGGUCAGAGGUAAAUUCAAGAACAAUAUCAUUUUUGAGACCUCGCUGGACUCUCAAAUUCAGGGCAAUGAAGCAAUGAACCAGUUGCAAAAUCGACUGCUCGAAGUUGGGGAAAAUCCAGUAUUAUUGGUGUUGGAUGAUGUUCGGUCAUCAUCACCUGUCUCAAAAAAUGUUGCUGAGCAGUUUAAGGUUCGAAUGUCAUCAGGUUCUAAAAUUUUGGUGACUUCCAGAAAUCCAAUAGACACACCUGCGAUCUUAUACCCCAUGAAUCCACUUAGUGCAGAUGAUGCCAUAGCCCUCCUGCGUCACUUUGUUGAACCAAGUAAUAUCGAUUUUACUGACAAUAAAGUACGCGAAAUUCUCCUACAGCUUGUUAAAGAUUGUAAGCGAUUACCGAUGGCAAUUGAAUUCAUUGGUCGAAAACUCCAAGAGAAGGGUGGUGUCGAGGAUUUGCAGAAGUUGCAGAUAGAAUGGUCGCGAUGUCACUCUAUUCUUGAUCCAAACAAAGAUUUGCUCGCCCAUCUCCAGAAUUCCAUGCAUUUGUUGGUCGAUGAUUGUGUCACAGAGUGCUUCAAGGACCUCGGGUUAUUUCCUGAAGAUCAAAAAAUCCCCGUCGCUGCCUUGAUUGACAUGUGGAUUGAACUUUAUAAUCUCGAUGAACUCGGUAUAUAUGCCAUGACCUUCAUUCACAAAUUGACAGCCCUAAAUUUGGCUUCAGGCAUCAAAGUCAAAAGCAGAAUAGUUGGGAGGAUCGAAGACAAUUGCUACAACAACCACUUCCUCAUUCAGCAUGAUCUUCUGAGAAAGCUAGCCAUCCGUAUGAGCAACGAAGAAUUAUACUUUGAGAAUAGGAAAAGACUGAUCAUUGACAUGAAUGGGAAUCGCCGUCCCGACUGGUGGCCACGUCAACAGAAGCAGUACAAGGUAGCUGCUCGUAUACUCUCCAUAUCAACAGAUCGAAACAUCACUUCAGCAUGGUGCAACUUUCAUGCAGGUGAUGCGGUGGUUCUGGUUCUGAAUCUUAAAACUACAGAAUUCACAUUGCCGGAGUUCAUUCAGAAAAUGAGAAGCCUGAAAGUUAUUGUUCUCGCCAACUAUGGCUUCCAUCCCGCUGAAUUAAAAAACCCAGAGCUGCUUGGUUGUUUAUGGAGCCUCAAAAGAAUCAGAUUGCAGCGAGUGUCAGUUCCUUAUUUCCUUCGUGAACUGAAGAACGUGCGCAAGUUAUCACUUCACAUGUGUGAGGUGAAGGAUGCUUUUGAAAACAGUUCAAUGGAAGUCUCAGAAGCAAUUCCAAAUCUGGUGGACCUGAAUAUUGAAGAUUGCAAAGAUUUGGUGAGGUUGCCUGCUGGGCUCUGCGAUAUCGUCGCCAUGAAGAAGCUCAGCAUCAGUGGCUGUCCCAAGUUUAAAGAACUUCCCGAAGAAAUUGGGAAGCUUGAGAAUUUGGAGUUACUAAGGGUAAGUUACUGCACUGAUUUCAACAAGAUGCCGGAGUCCAUUACGAAGCUGAAGAAGCUGAGACUUCUUGAUAUCUCAAACUGUGUGAGUCUGAGAAAAUUACCAGACAACAUCGGGGAGCUGAGGAAUUUAAGGAAGCUUUACAUGCUGCGUUGUCCAAUCAGCGAAUUGCCAGACUCAGUCAACGAUAUGGAGAAUUUAGAGAAUGUGACAUGUUGUGAGUAUACGUAUCCUUUUUGGAAAGUUAUCAAAUCUAACUGUUCUGGACUACACCUCAAUAUGCCCAUCGACGCUGUAGCUUAAAUUGUCCAGAAGUUGUUGGGACUACUCUGUCGAAACGAAGCUUUUUCCUCGUCUCAGUUUGAUUCUUUUCUUUGUUGUCUGAAUAAAUCAUAUCUCCUGUAAACUUGGACGAGACUGUUGGUCUAAAACUAACAAGAUACAUUACAACUUCACAUGCUUUAGGAGAUGUUUAGUGCAUCAAUAUACUGUCGCUUUGAUUUUGGUAAUUUAUGUGUUGUGUUAAAUAUGGACGGACUUAGAUGUGUGCAAAGGUUAGUUCACCCUUC